CUUAGGCCCUGCUCCGCUGCGGUCCGGUCCUGUCUGCGGUCCUGCCCCGGCGGGUAAGGGGGACGCUGGAGGGGGGCGCUUACUACAGUGCUCGGCACACGGAAAGACCCAGGAGGGCGGAACAGGAGGAGCCUUGUCCGGCAUCCGGCUCCGGAAAGAUCCGCAGCUCUUCACCGGGAGCCGUUCGGUGGCUAUGAGGCGGGGGCUGAGCGAUGCCGGAUGUGGAGCCGGCGGCCCCUGACUUUGCCGCCUCGGGCCGCGUGGGCCGCCGCAACGCCUUGCCCGACAUCCUGGGCCCUUCUGCCACCGCGGGAGCCCCAGACCUGCCCGCCAAGCUGGCCGGACUUGCCGGGGCCCAAGAUGGAGGAGCGGAAGGUAGAGAGAGCCCUCCCACCCCUUCCCAACCACCAAGUCCAGAGAUGGAGGGGAAGAGCAGUGGCUCCUAAAGGCUAGAAGCCCCUCCGUCUCCCACUCUUCCCCGCUCCCGCAAGAGAUGUCUCCGGGGCCCGGUGGACUCCAUGCCCCGAGAUCUGGCCGUGACCGUGGGGCACCCCAAGAGGACUCUGGUGCCCGCUUCUGAUGGGAGACCACCGCCGGAACAUUCCCCGCCUGGAUUGUCCACUCCUUCUCUCCUGCCGGGACCAACCCCAAAGCGAAGCCCCUUCCACCUGCAAGACAGAAGAUGGGGAUGGAUGGAGUGUGGCGGGCUCCGGCCUUUCCCGAGGGAGAGGAAGCCCAGCCCAGCCUCGUCGCUUGCAUCUGGGAGUCGGCAUUAGCCUGACGGCUCUCCGUGUCCGCUCUGUCGGGGGGACGCCGGGCUCUGCGGGGUGGAGAGGGAGUCCCCCGGGCGGGGGUUCAGGAGGAGGGCCCCAGCUAGGCCGAUAAAGAUCUGGCAGCGAAGGCCAACUCAGACCGGCCGGGGCUUCGGGUCUGGAGAGGGAAGGACUGGGGGCAGGAGAGGAGACAUUCAUUCAU